CAGCCACCCUAUAAAUACCGCCGUUCACCACCGUCUUCAUCGCACACUCCGCUCACUCGCACACAAACCUAAACUAGAUUUAGUGUUUGUGUGUCAGACAAGCGUAAAAAUGGUAGGGUGGGCCAUAGCCGUGCACGGCGGUGCCGGUGUCGACCCUAACCUCCCAACCGAACGCCAAGAACAGGCCAAACAACUCCUCGCUCGCUGCCUCAAUCUCGGCAUAUCCGCUCUUCGGUCCUCGGCUUCCGCCAUUGAUGUCGUUGAACUUGUCGUUCGUGAAUUGGAAACGGACCCGAUAUUUAAUUCCGGCCGUGGAUCUGCACUGACGGAGAAAGGAACGGUGGAGAUGGAAGCCAGCAUCAUGGAUGGGCCUCGCCGGAGAUGUGGAGCGGUGUCCGGUCUAACCACCGUUAAGAACCCCGUCUCCCUCGCUCGCCUUGUCAUGGACAAAUCCCCCCACUCGUAUCUCGCAUUCUCCGGCGCCGAGAGCUUCGCUAAACAAAUGGGUGUGGAAAGGGAGGAAAAUGAUUACUUUAUCACCCAAGAUAACGUCGGAAUGCUAAAACAAGCGAAGGAAGCAAACUCCAUUGUGUUUGACUACAGAAUCCCGACGAAUGGAUUCGAAUCAUGUGGGGUCGAGGUUGAAAGUCCGAUACAGAUGAACGGUCUUCCGAUCAGUGUCUACGCACCGGAGACAGUAGGGUGCGUGGUGGUUGACAGCCAAGGUCGUUGUGCCGCCGCAACAUCCACCGGAGGGCUGAUGAACAAGAGAACUGGGAGGAUCGGUGACUCUCCUCUGAUUGGUGCAGGGACCUACGCAUGUGAUUUAUGUGGUGUUUCUUGUACCGGAGAAGGGGAGGCGAUAAUCCGGGCAACCCUUGCAAGGGAGGUGGCUGCGGUGAUGGAGUAUAAAGGGUUGGGUUUGCAGGAAGCGGUGGACUUUGUGAUAAAAGAGAGGUUGGAUGAAGGGAAAGCAGGGCUGAUAGCGGUGUCGAAUAAGGGUGAGGUGGCUUAUGGAUUUAACUGUGUAGGAAUGUUCAGAGGGUGUGCCACUCAAGAUGGGUUUAUGGAGGUUGGCAUCUGGGAGUGAUGAGCUCAAGUUUUAGAUCUCCUAGUUAUUAACUAAAAGUAGUAAUCUUUUAAUUGUAAUAAAAUUCAAGGGUCUAUCUCUUUUGGUUGUUUUGUUAAUUACCCAAUCUAUGUUUAAGAAGUUUGCUUGUGUUUA